GUUCCUCAAAUAUAGUUAUAUCUUUGAAAAAUUGACAAGAAGGAUGACAAUCUUUCUGUUUCUGGCCAUUUUCGUGGCUACAGCUCUGGCAGCCACGCCUGCAGAAUGGCGCUCUCAGUCGAUAUAUUUCCUGCUCACCGAUCGCUUUGCGCGAACGGAUAAUUCUACCACUGCUUCUUGUGACUUGAGCGCUCGGCAAUAUUGCGGUGGAUCCUGGCAGGGCAUCAUCAAUCAGCUGGACUAUAUCCAAGGAAUGGGCUUUACAGCGAUCUGGAUCACACCAGUAACUGCACAGAUCCCCCAAGAUACUGGUUACGGACAGGCAUAUCACGGAUACUGGCAGCAGGACGCUUAUGCCCUGAACUCCCAUUAUGGUACAGCAGACGAUCUCAAAGCUCUGGCUUCAGCUCUUCACUCACGGGGCAUGUAUCUCAUGGUGGACGUUGUUGCCAAUCACAUGGGUCACAAUGGUACGGGGAGCUCUGUGGACUACAGUGUCUAUAGGCCAUUCAACUCGCAAAAGUACUUUCACAACCUCUGUUGGAUCUCCAAUUACAAUAAUCAGACAAAUGUUGAAGACUGCUGGCUAGGUGAUAACACCGUUGCCUUGCCGGAUCUUGAUACUACCAGUACGGAGGUGAAGAAUAUGUGGUAUGACUGGGUCGAGUCUCUUGUCUCUAACUACUCCGUCGACGGCCUCCGCGUAGACACAGUCAAGAACGUACAGAAGAACUUCUGGCCCGGCUACAACAAUGCUUCAGGCGUGUACUGUAUUGGAGAAGUCUUCGAUGGGGACGCCUCAUACACCUGUCCUUAUCAGGAAGACUUGGACGGAGUUCUCAAUUACCCCAUGUACUAUCCACUCCUCCGGGCUUUCGAAUCCACCAACGGCAGUAUCAGCGACCUUUAUAACAUGAUCAACACCGUGAAAUCCACCUGCAGAGAUUCUACGCUUCUAGGGACCUUCGUCGAAAACCACGAUAACCCACGCUUUGCCAACUACACAAGCGACAUGUCCCUAGCCAAAAAUGCCGCAACAUUCACUAUCCUGGCUGACGGCAUCCCCAUCAUAUACGCCGGUCAGGAACAGCACUACAGCGGCGGUAAUGACCCCUACAACCGUGAAGCGACCUGGCUUUCAGGCUACAAGACCACCAGCGAGCUCUACACCCAUAUCGCCGCAUCGAACAAGAUCCGCACCCACGCUAUAAAACAGGAUACCGGAUAUCUCACCUACAAAAACUACCCCAUCUACCAAGACACCUCGACCCUUGCCAUGCGCAAAGGCUACAAUGGCACCCAAACUAUCACGGUCCUUUCCAACCUUGGCGCCUCGGGGUCCUCAUACACACUCUCCCUCCCAGGAACAGGCUACACAGCCGGCCAAAAGAUUACUGAAAUCUAUACCUGCACGAAUCUAACAGUCAACUCAAAUGGCUCGGUGCCAGUACCCAUGAAGAGCGGGUUACCGCGGAUCCUCUAUCCUGCAGAUAAGUUGGUUAAUGGAAGCUCAUUUUGCAGCUCUGCGAUCACUGUUUUCAAGGAUGCAGGAGGAGGCGUGUUGUUCUUGAGCUACACUGUAGUUUUUGCUCAGGUGCUUAUUGCUAUAAUGACGUGAUUGGGAUGUCUCAGAUGACAGUAUAUAUUAUUAGGUGACGUGAUGAUUCUAUGUGUAAUGGAUUCUUCAAGAUCAUUUUAUAUUAUUAGUAUCCAUAGUAUUCAUUUGCUUGC